AUGACCGAAGACGCUGCAGAGGGGGCUGCAGAAGCAUCAUCCGCGCCUCGAGCCCAGCGCCCACCAGCGAAACCGAAGCGAGGGAAAGGCAAGGACAAGGAUGAUAAUACUCCUCCAGUGAAGAGGCGCUGCGUAUACGACCCAAAUUCGGACCAUCGCCACAACCUCAGAAACCGCAAUACCACCCUUCAGACGUUAGUGCAGGCGAUUCUCACGUACGAUGAAGAUGACGUCCCCGACCUUGUGCGGCAGAUACGAUCUGCAGAAGACUUGGAAGUGGUAGCAGAAUCUAUACUGAAACGUCAGAAGCAACUGGACACGGCCGCAAACGACAAGAAUCUCCCUGCUGGGGCUGAAUCUCCGUUUAGAGAGGUUCCUCAGUUUGAGUCUGAACUUAUCGGCAAAAUAAGUGAACUUAAGCUCGACGGUGCUGUGAAAUAUGUGGGCGGUACAUCUAACUUGAUCUUCCUCCCAGAGCUGUCAGAGGAUGACGAGUUGUACUCGGAAGCAGAGACACCAGACGGUCAAACGGAUCAAGAUGACUGCCCUACAUCCUGGACUACUGUGACCGAGAAUAAGGAGCUUAUUCGGCAUCUGCUGACCUUGUACUUUACAUGGCAUUACGCAUAUUUCACGACCUUGUCCAAGGAACUAUUCUACCGAGACUUUAUGCUAGGGCGUCCGAGCCAGUAUUGUUCUGCAUUGCUAGUUAAUGCGAUGCUAGCACUCGGCUGCCAUUUUAGCACAUGGCCGGUGGCACGAGAGGACCCGAACGACUCAUCCACUGCGGGAGACCACUUCUUCAAAGAGGCAAAACGUUUGAUCCUGGAGAAUGAUGAGCAUACGAAAGCAAAAUUAUGCACUGUGCAAGCCCUUGCUCUUAUGUCCGUUAGGGAGGCUGGAUGCGGCCGAGAGGGCUCGGGAUGGGUGUAUAGCGGAAUGAGCUUUCGCAUGGCUUAUGACCUUGGGCUGAAUGUGGAUUCAGCUGGCUUGGGUUCAUACAAUCUUACGGCGGAAGACAUUGAUGCCCGCAGAGUUACAUUCUGGGGUUGUUUCUUGUUUGAUAAAUGCUGGUCUAACUAUCUUGGCCGUCAACCACAGCUAUCUGGAUCUCAUAUCACUGUUCCAAAGUUUGACGUCUUCCCCAAGGAAGAUUCGGCGAUAUGGUCACCAUAUACAGAUUCUGGAGUUUCCCAGGACCACAAUCAGCCCUCGCGAACCAGAGCUGUGGCUUUGCAGAUCUCAAAACUUUGUGAAAUAAGCAACGACCUACUGGGUGCAUUUUAUAAUACGGCACCACCCAAACAAAUAGCGAAGCAGGAGGAGCUAAGGCGGCUAACUCAACUGCACACACGCCUGGAGGCAUGGCGUAAAGCACUCCCGCCGGAAAUGGAACCCAAGGAUGGCCAGUUACCUCAAGUUCUGCUCAUGCAAAAACUAUGCACCCAAGGUGCCACGGUUAUCUCAAAACUGUUACGCUUAUACAAACGCACUUACGGGCUGCGUCAGAUCUGCAACAUUGCUAUCUAUAUCGCCCAUUCUGCAUGCACUAUACAUCUCCUAAACUUACCGGACAAGUCUGCUAAGCGGGACAUUGCACAUGGACUCAAACAUUUAGAAGAGAUUGCUGAAAGCUGGCCGUGUGCCCGGAGAACUCUACGGAUUUUAGAUCUUCUAUCUAAAAAGUGGAAAGUCGAGCUUCCAGAAGAAGCAGUUUCUGUCAUUGAACGAUCUCGAGCCAAAUUUGGCUCCACCAGUUCCUGGGAACAGAUGCAAUCACCAUCAUCAUCUGGUGCGUCCCCAAAGUUACAUGACCGCUCUCGUUUGUCAGAGCAACCAACGCAUAACUCUACACCCGAGCCCACCAAACCAUCAACAACAUCCGCGCCAAUUAACGCUUUGGCUUCCUCCAAUCCUCCCACAUAUCACACCUCAGCUCAGACCGCUCCGGAAGAUGUCACUCGACUUCAAUCUUCCUGUUCAAAAGAUGGAUGUUCUACCGAAGGUGCAAUCCCCCGUAAAAACAAUGAUUCUAUAACUGAACACAAAGUAUCUACAAUUUCGCAAUCACAAAUGAACACCACUCCAGGUCUCAGCAACGAACUCCCCAUGGACCUACCCAAUUCUCCAACCUUCGUGGACUCCGAAAAACUCGUCCAAGCUAGCCAGAACUGGUGGCUAAAGGAUCAGAAUGCCCUCGCUCUAGGCAUGGAUAAUUGGUCUAGUAGCUGGGGCACUCCGAACGAAGGCCCUGGCAAUAGUAUUGAUUACCCAACCACAGCAAGCAAUUCAGGCCCUUCAAUUCAGGCCACUGAAUCUUACAACAGCCAAGGUCAGCAACCCAUGCAUAUUGAAGGCCUCUUACCCACUGCUUCGGCCCUUGGCCUCUCUCAUCACCCUAUUACCUCCGCCGGAAGCUAUAGCACCGAGUUCCUUACCUCUCAAACCAGCCCUACCCAGUCAAAUAUGCCGAGUUACAUGCCUCAACGAGAUGAGAGGAGCUUUGCGGAGCAAGACGAUAUGUUCUACUAA